GUUUCCUAAGACAACUUAAUAAAUCCAGUUUCUUUUGUGUACUAUUAAGGUUUGGCUAGACUACAAACUGAAGAUGAAGAAAAAAAUUUCAACGAACCGACGGGAAACUGUGGCCACAGGAGGAGGUCCGUACGUCCAGCAAAGCCUCACACCUUUGGAACAAGCGGUGGAUGAGCUGCUUCACCUACAGGAAGCAGUCAACCCCUCGGGCUCUACAUUUGGAGCUAAUACCCAAGAAACGGAGGGCAAUGUUAGGAAUGAUUCUUCCCAGCCAGAAGCGCAGGACGAAGAAAUGGAUCUAUCGGCUACGUCAACUCAGGCGAGAAGAAGAAUGACAGUGGAGGACCGCGAAAACAUUCGUUUAAGUGCGUUGGAGAGGCAGUCCGAGGUGCAAGAAGUUCUUUGCCAAAGGUAAUCAGGCACAGAAAAAAGAUUAGAAGAAAUUUCGCGACAUGCUAGGAAAACAUACGAAAUAAAAAAAGAAAAACUAAACUUAUUGAAGAUGAAGGAACAGAGAAAGAAAGAAGAAAAUUUAUAAAAAAAAGAGACAACAUAAAGAAAAGAUGGAAAUGAAGUUAAAGGAGUUAGAACUAAAAACCUUAUAAUACAGUAAGUGAAUUCAACAAAGUUUAAUCAAAAAUGCAAACUUUUUAAUAAGAAUUUCUAGAAAAAGUUUGGUGUGCCGAUU